AUGGGUGAUAUCAGCAUCGUCGCUGCCCAGUGGCCUCAGGUCGAGGUCGGCCGCGUUAUCCUGAUCAAUGACGGCCCCAACGCUGGCAAGCUCGCCACCAUUGUCGAGAUCAUCGACCACAAGCGCGUCCUCGUCGAUGGGCCCUCCUCAGACUCCAGCCUCGCCACUGCGAGACAAUCCGUUCCUCUGAGCCAAGCCGUUCUUACCGCUCACGUCAUCCCCAACCUGCCCCGUGGUGCGCGGACAGGAGCUGUCAAGGCUGCUUGGGAGAAGGCUGAGGUCGAUUCGAAGUGGAAGGACAGCAACUGGGCCAAGAAGGCCGACCGCAAGGCUAGGAGGGGCGCCCUCACCGACUUCGACCGCUUCAAGGUCAUGCGCCUCAAGAAGCGCGCCCGCUUCGAGGAGCGCAAGGCUCUGGCCAAGGUCAAGGCCUCGGCAUAG